AUGUCACUUUCAGAUAAGGAAUUAUUUGAAUUAAAUAAAACUGCUGUAACUCAAGGGUUUAAGAUUAAACCAAGAAUUACUUAUAAUACAGUUGGAGGAGUUAAUGGACCUUUAGUUAUUUUAGAUCAUGUUAAAUUCCCUCGUUAUAAUGAAAUUGUUAACUUAACUUUACCUGAUGGAUCAAUUAGACAAGGUCAAGUCUUAGAAGUUAGAGGUACGAAAGCAAUUGUUCAAGUUUUUGAAGGGACUUCCGGUAUUGAUGUUAAGAAAACCAGAGUUGAAUUUACUGGUGAAAAUUUAAAAAUCCCAGUUUCUGAAGAUAUGUUAGGUCGUAUCUUUGAUGGGUCAGGUAGACCAAUUGAUAAAGGUCCAAAGAUUUUUGCUGAAGAUUAUUUAGAUAUUAAUGGAUCUCCAAUUAAUCCAUAUGCUCGUAUUUAUCCAGAAGAAAUGAUUUCAACUGGUAUUUCAGCAAUUGAUACUAUGAAUUCAAUUGCAAGAGGACAAAAAAUUCCAAUCUUUUCUGCAUCUGGUUUACCUCAUAAUGAAAUUGCUGCCCAAAUUUGUAGACAAGCAGGUUUGGUUAGACCAACUAAAGAUGUUCAUGAUGGUCAUGAAGAAAAUUUCUCGAUUGUUUUUGCUGCUAUGGGGGUUAAUUUAGAAACUUCUCGUUUCUUUAAACAAGAUUUCGAAGAAAAUGGAUCGUUGGAAAGAACUACUUUAUUCUUAAAUUUGGCUAAUGAUCCAACUAUUGAAAGAAUUAUUACUCCUCGUUUGGCACUUACAACUGCUGAAUACUUGGCUUAUCAAACUGAAAGACACGUGUUGACAAUCUUAACUGAUAUGUCUUCUUAUGCCGAUGCCUUGAGAGAAGUCUCCGCUGCUAGAGAAGAAGUUCCAGGUAGAAGAGGUUAUCCAGGUUAUAUGUAUACCGAUUUAUCGACAAUUUAUGAAAGAGCAGGUAGAGUUGAAGGUAGAAAUGGGUCAAUUACUCAAGUCCCAAUUUUAACCAUGCCUAAUGAUGAUAUCACCCAUCCUAUUCCUGAUUUAACUGGUUAUAUUACCGAAGGUCAAAUCUCGAUUGAUAGACAAUUGCAUAAUCGUGGUAUUUAUCCACCAAUUAACGUCUUACCUUCCUUAUCUCGUUUGAUGAAGUCCGCCAUUGGUGAAGGUAUGACCAGAAAGGAUCAUGGUGAUGUUUCUAAUCAAUUAUAUGCCAAAUAUGCCAUUGGUAGAGAUGCUGCUGCUAUGAAGGCAGUUGUUGGUGAAGAAGCUUUAUCUACUGAAGAUAAAUUAUCUUUAGAAUUCUUGGAAAAGUUUGAAAAGAAUUUCAUUAGUCAAGGUGCUUAUGAAAAUAGAACCAUUUUUGAAUCUUUGGAUCUUGCUUGGUCAUUAUUAAGAAUUUAUCCAAAGGAAAUGUUGAAUAGAAUUAGUCCAAAGAUUUUAGAAGAAUUCUAUGAUAGAGACAGAAGUCAAGAUGAUGAUGAUGAAGAUGAAGAUGACGAAGAUGAAAACAAAGGUAAAUCAAACAAUUUGAUUGAUGCCUAG